AUGAAACGAUUGCAGCUCCAACGAUGGAGCGGCUCGGUCCUGUCGCCGCGGGCCAGACCGGCUGGCCGUCUACAGCAGCAAUUCUACACUGGACUGCGCCUCCAGUCAUCAGCAUCCCCUGCUCUCCGAGUUGAAGAAGAUCAAUUGGUUGAAGAGGCGUUGCCAGCCUCGCAACCUCCGCCGCAACCACGGUCGCGACUGCAAUAUCCCUCUCCUCCUGUGGAAGCCGCCCGCGAAUCCGCAAAAUUGGCAGCUCUACAUGCUCGACUCUACCUCCCGAAACGAUUACCUAUCGAGACCCUGGCACGGACGCUCGUUGAUGCUUCGGCCGAUCCGAACCCCAAUUUCAACAAUGAAUCGCUCGCCACGCUGGGCUAUGACCUCCUCACCUACUACGCCUCCGAACACCUCCUCUGCACCUACCCUCGCCUGCCCAUGACCGUGUUGUUCGCCGCGAUGUAUGCGUAUGUGGGCCCAAAGACUCUUGCGGCCAUGACAAGAGAAUGGGGUGUGGAAUUCGCUGCCGUGCCUGGUGGUGAGGUGGAUCCAGGCUUGCUCCAGUUCAAGCGAGUCACGCCUGGGGAAGACGUGAUGCCCGACCCAUCAACCACCACGCGGCCACGCGAGCACGUGUGGCGGAAGUCGAUCUCAUCCAGCAUUGUCUACGACGAUGAAUUUGGCGAGGCAGCCAAGAAAGCGGUGAACCCCAAGAAACUCCCUGACAAGCUCCCGGAUCCCGAGAGCAUCAAGGGCGUGACUGCCGAACAGGCCAGCGCUACUUUUGUUCGGGCGUUGAUGGGUGCCAUCUACCUGCAUGCCGGCCGUCCAGCGGCCAAGCGCUUCUUCAAGGAGCACUUCCUAUCACGACACCUCGAUAUCUCCAAGUUGUUCAAGUUUGUGCAGCCGACGCGCGAUCUGAGCAAACUCUGCAAACGCGAGGGCUUUGAGCCACCGGUGGCCAAGAUCAUCAGCGAGACGGGUCGACUGAGCCGGCAUCCCGUCUUUGUGGUCGGCAUUUUCUCGGGCAAGGAUAAGUUGGGUGAAGGGGCCGGUGCCAGUCUGGCUGAGGCGCGGAGCCGGGCGGCGGCUGCGGCGCUGAAAGGCUGGUACCUGUACAGCCCGCUGGAUGUGCGGGUGCCCAGCUCGAUGGAGGAGGAAGGGGCCAAGCCAUGGAAGCCGGUGUAUGUGGAUCUGGGAGAAGUGAUUGUGUAG